AUGCGUUGCCUAGCUCUGAUCGCACUCUGCCUGUUCGCUCUUUUGGGGUUGGCUGUGGGCAAAAAAAACCCCUGCGAAUGUGUUAACAACUUUGACCCUGUCUGCGGAUCGGACUCAGUAACCUACAUCAGCCCGUGCAAGUUGAACUGCGAAGCGAGGAUCCAAGGACGCCCCAUUACUAUCAAAAAGGGUGGAAGGUGCUAG